AUGGAUAGAACUAAAUAUAGACAAUCUGUGCAGCGUCAUUCAAAUAUUGCUGAAGCAUGUGAUGCGCUAUGUGGCAUAUCGAUACAUUUUGCCCGUAAAUAUCUCUACUUAAGGACAGAUCGAAAAGCUAUAUUCCAUCUUCUGGCAGUUUUUGUAUUAUCACUUUUCGCUGCUUUUGUGCCUUUACCAAAUCACUAUUAUUUUGUAAAGAAGAAUAAUAUUUUGAAUAGUUAUUUUGUUAAAUUGGGUUGGUUCUGGACAUGUGUCGUUGUCUGUCCAUUUAUUUGGUAUAUUUCUACUGCUGUUGGGCAAAGCAUGUCAGGAAUUAUAAAAAAUUUAAGCCGUAUGGUAAUCGCAACAACAAUAUGGUACUAUUGCACUCAUUCAUUUGUGGUAUUUGAACAGAUGACAGGUCACUGCCAUGGAUCUAAGCUAAGUUCUCGUUCAUCAUGUGCUGUUGAUGGUGGCAAGUGGAUCCCUGGCUUCGAUAUCAGUGGUCAUUGCUUUAUCCUUAUCUACAGUUCUCUUAUCAUAUGUGAAGAAGCAUUAGCAUUCCGCAACAUAACAAUAAUUCAUCGUACUCGAAAGAUGCCAUCGGUUAAAAAUGGAAAUCUUAUCAGAAUUUUUUUCCUUUCUAUGUGUGUUCUUCACCUACUUUGGGAUUUUGAACUGUUGAUUUCGGUCCUUUACUAUCAUCACAUUUAUCACAAAAUGAUGGGUGCAAUAAUCGCCGUGCUUUGCUGGUAUUUUACCUAUCAUAUUUGGUACAGGAAAGUUGGGAUUCCACCGUUGCCACUACAACCUCGUAAACUGAUAUAA